AUGUCAUCAAUCAGUAGAGUACUGUCCAGCAAGUACAUUCGAUCAGAGUUGUUUAGACAUGUGUCAUUGAUACACAGACAGUUGGGCAUCACCAAUGUCUUCCAUUCAUCAGAUAUCGCAUCACUCUAUCAUUGUGUACUAUGUGGAGACACUGCCAAGUUCAUCCAUCACUGUGAUCAGUUGGACAUCACAAUCCAUUCACCUCAAGAGUUGCUCCACACCAUCAACAAUGCAUUCUAUCAUGCAUUGUAUAGAAAGAAUAAUAGAUUGGUGACUUAUAUCAUCGAACGAUUCAGACGAGGCAGCAACACUACAGAUACACAGUUCAUAGAUUAUGUUAGAAAGUCAUUGUUCGACUUCCUCAAUUUCAUUGAUUACAACCAUCAUAUCAAGUUCAGUCGACCAAUGAUAGACACAUUACUCUGUUACUUGCCUGAUGUUGCUCCACGAACGAUCGUUCGUCAAAUGAUGAAGUCUACAUUGAUCGAGCAUUCCGACUUUGACUUGUGCGCCAAGUUGGCACCACUUGAUAAGUCCAUCCCUGAGUCAUAUGCAAUCGAUCAUUUCAUCGAGAUUGGCAAUAAGAUGAAAGAGUUCAAUCCAAUGUUCCUCCAACAUCAAUCUCGAAUCAUAGAUGACCUUCGCCGGCACAUUGAGUCACACCAGCCUGAGGAGUAUACUAUACUAAUGUAUUAUUUGGUGGAAUUUACUAUCAAACAUCGACUGUAUGACCUGCUCGUGAUGAUCGCCAAGCAUGCCGUUCAUUAUAAGAACUCCCAACAACAAAUUGGUCUCACUCUAUCACCUUUGGAAUAUCCGAUCAGUCUCGGAUAUCUCAUGGAGUUGAGGAUUGACAAGGUUCCUCUAUUCAAUCGACUGGCCUUAGAUGGUGACAUCAGCUUUAUGAAGCAUGUCCAGCAUCUCAUGCCAGAGUACUUGGACUGGAUCUACAGUGGAUAUCCAUACCAACAACUCUAUGACAACCAGUUGUUACAAUGUGCAUUGUCUGGAGGUCUUUAUGACUGUGCACUCUACAUCCUAGACAACAUCUCUCCAACAAGAUCAUCACCAUUCGCCAACAAUGAUGUUGAUAGAUUCGGACAGCCCAAAUGGAACGUGUCUAGCAUCAACAUGUCCAACGAUCCAAAUCACAAUCACAACUUGUUAGACUUGGUGGAUACUCUGAUCAAACACCAAUCUGUUGACCUUGACUUCCUAGACCUACAACUGUACAUGGACGCGAUCAAAGCCAGAAGAUUGGAUGUGAUUGAAUAUUUGGAACAACUGAUCAGUGAUCCCAACACGUUGAUUGUGAUCGAUUUCAGCCAAGCACUCAAUGUGGCACUCCAAGAACAAUAUAUUGAUGCCAUCAAGACAAUCAUUCACAAUCGUCCAGGCCAUGUGUACGAAGCAAGCACUAUCAGAAUGUUUAUAAAGUAUGAGCACCACCCAUGCUGCUGGCCAACACUGCUCAGAAGUGCCGAGCUGUUAAAUGAUAUGGAGCUCAUUGACACCUUGGGCACACAUGGAUAUGGACAUGGCUACAUUAGUGAUCCUUGGACAUUGGUCGACCAAACUGUAAGUGGUAUCCAGCAUUAUGGAGUUGAUCCCAUUCCAGACCAGAUGGUGUACAUCCUGCACAAUGAGAGACAUAGGACCAGGAUCGACGCACUCCUUGCCACACCAAAGCAUUUGGCUCGAACUGGUGCAACAAUGGGACGACUGAUUGGAUCUGAUGUCCUGGCCUUCUUCAACUUGAUGCCUCGACAACCUUUUGAUAUGUUUGGGUUUACCUAUCGAGCAGAUGUCAGUCGAUUGGACAUCGAUCAUAUCGAGUUCAUAUGGAGUAGAUUGAGUAUUGCCAUCAAACGUGAUCAACAGUACAUCAAUAAUGUGUUGUCGUCCAAUGCUGCCAUCAACAAUAUUACAAUGUAUCGAUAUGUGUUGGACAGUUUGAUCAAGGACAAUCACUUCCAGGUACCAUUCAUCCAUGCACCAACAAUCAAACAGAUCAAAGAUAACAUCCGACAAUAUCAAAGAUAUUUAUCGAUUAGAUUGAUUGUCGAGUUAUUCAAUCCAAUCAACUUUAAUGUUCAUGAUCAUGAUGACACUCAAUCAACAACAAGUCCAUAUCAUCGACUUCUGGUACCACUCACAUCAGCCGAGUUUCAACAAUACCAAUCACUCCUCACCAACCUUGGUAUCCUCAGGCCAUAA